UGCCAUCAGCUGACAAAAAGCGCGCGCUUCCUGCAUCCAUCCCGCCCUCGGGCGGUGACGUUUUACUUUUUUUUUAUUGUAAAAUCCAGUAUUCAGCAUGUUCUAUAUUCUAUAGUAUAGAAAACGGUAUAUAAAAACGCUUCGUGCUGUGAUGAGAGCAAUCAGUAGCUUACAAGACAUCAAGAUGAGAGUUCUGGUUUUGUUCGCCCUUAUUGCUUGCGUAUCCGCAGCACCAUCGUACUUCGCGGCAGUACCACUAGCCGCAGUAGCUGUGCCAACCAUCGCGGUAGCUCCUACCGUGCCACCAGGUGACAUCCAGGCUGCCGCUAUCGAUGCUCAGGUAAAAGCUGAAGACCAGGCUCGCUUCUUUGCCGACCAAGCCAGGGAAUUAGCCGAGCAUGCUGUUGAAAAUCAAAACGAAGGAGUUAUCGAAGCUAAUGAUUUGGUUAAGGAAAAAUCCGAAGAAGCCUUCUGGGCCGCUGAGGAAAAGAAAUGGCAGGCUGUGAGCGAUGUUCAAAUCGCCGAAGCUAAAAUUGAUGCUUCCGUUGCUGAAAAUGCUGCCGCUAUCGCCAAGAGCUAUGCUCUGACUGGUGUUGCUCCCGCUGUAAGUGGAUUACCCGCCGCAGCUAUCGUCCCCGGAGUUACUAUUGAAUCAGCUUCCAAUGACGAGAAAUCCGAAGCAGCUGCCAAAAGCGCAGCCGUAUCCGAAGUCAAAGCAGAAGAGAAGGAAGCUGUUAAAUCAGCAGAAAUCGAAAAACCAGCUGAAGCCGAAGCUGAAAAACCCAUCGAAGCUGAAAACAAACCAGAAGCAGCCGGUGCUGAAUUAAAAUCAGACGCUUUGGAAGCGCUUAAAGCUGAAACCGCUGCCUUACAGUCGCAAUUAAAAUCCUCCAUUUUCCCAGCACCAGUAGCUUUUGCUCCUGGUUUCAACUACCAACCUCUUGUAGCACCAAUCUCCUACCAACCAGCAUUCAGAAGUUUUCCCAUUAACACCAUCCACCCUUAUUCUGCACCAAUAUACCCCGUUGGAAACCUGUGGUGAUUGAUGGAUUGAUACCGUCCUACUAAUAAAAAAAUAUUUAAUAA